AACCUCCCCUGGCUUCCGUUGGGUCCCCUCCAGCGUCUCCUGCCGUGACCCAAGGAGGCGUGGCUUCAGGGAGGCUUGACCCCGAGGGAGGCGUCACGUGACCAGGUUCCUCCAGCCAGGCAGGACUUGGUUGUCGGUGUGUUUGUGUGCGUUUGUGUGUCCGUGUGUGUGUUAGGACUCGGCCUGACUUGGAGGACGUAGAAAAGAGAGAAUUAAAAUAUAGAUUAAAAACAACUAAACGAAGAUUUGAUUUUUGGAUUUAGUGUGUAUUAGAAAUAGAUUUUUUUCCUUCAAAAUCUAGAUAAAGGAUAUUAAAAGUGAAAAAAAACGUGACCCAAGAAAACAAAAACAAAAACAAAAAAAUCAGAAGAGAGGAAGAUUUUUUUUUUCGAGAAAUCUUACCGAAUCUCAAGUGAACGCGACCCAGAGAAAAAAAAAAAGAUAAAUUGAUGGCGACCGAACAGCAGUGAAAAAAGCCUUCCUCGGAACGACUCUGAAGGGAGAGGAAUUCCCACGACAUCUGCUAAAAGAAAUUCGGAAAAGGGAACGCCAAGAUGCCCGGUUUGGACGCCCUUAUUGCCCUCAAAGAUCGGGCUAAGGAGGUCAAGCAGGUGCUGGUCAGGGUUGACGAUACGAUGGACGAGGGGUACGAGAGAGAGAAACCUCCCCUGCGAAAGAUUGACCAGUACCUGCCACCUGACUGCCCCUGCUGCAACAUCACAAAGAGGUUUACUAUGGCCAUCUUAGCCAGCAUAGGUUUCCUCAUAUCAUUUGGCAUCAGAUGCAACAUGGGCGUCGCGGUCGUCGAGAUGACGUCGAACCAGACGCUCACCGGGAAGAGAGAAAUUGACUGGAGCGACGACAUUGUGGGCGUGGUCGACUCCUCCUUCUUCUGGGGUUACAUCAUCACACAGGUGCCGGGCGGCCUGAUCGCCUCGCGUUUCCCUGCACACCGAGUGUUCGGGACGGCCAUCGCGACUUCGUCUCUCCUGAACAUGCUUAUCCCGGGCGCCUCCAGACUCCACCCCGUCGCCGUCAUCUCCGUCAGGGUGCUCCAGGGGCUCGUCGAGGGCGUCACGUACCCCGCCUGCCACGGCAUCUGGAGGAACUGGGCCCCGCCCCUGGAGCGCUCUCGCCUCGCCACCCUGGCCCCUGCGGAGAGCUACGCGCGGGGCAGUGCUGGGAUGCCCCUCCUGCCUGGCUCACGCAGGCAUCGGUGGCCGGCGCCCUUCUACGUCUAUGCUGGCUUUUGGCUUUCUAGUAAUUUUGUGUUUACCUAUUAUGGUAAUGGCUCUUGGCUUCUUGUAAUUUUUGUUUUUAUUCCUAUUAUGCGUUCGAGAAAGCCAGCGACCCACCCGACGAUAUCCAGGAGGGAGCAAGUCUACAUCGAAGAAAGCCUCGGGAAACGAACAAUUCCCAGUUCCAUGAACAAUUCCAUUCCAAUUCCAUUCCACAACAAGAACAAUUCCAAAACAAAAACAUUCAGUCCCAUUCCAGUUCCAGUUCCAAGAACAAUUCCAAUUCCAAGACCAGUUCCAAUUCCAAGAACGAGGAACAAACACGACCCUAAGACUAUUAUGCUUUCUCGGAAGACCCUCGAGCGCCAGCGAGGAUUCGAGCUGCGCUUCAACGUGAACCACCUGGACAUCGCCCCCCGCUACGCCUCCAUCCUCAUGGGCAUCUCCAACGGCUUCGGCACCCUCAGCGGCAUGAUCUGCCCCAUCAUCGUCGAGGAGUUCACCAAGCACUCGGCGGCGGAGCCCAGGGACUACGCCCCCCCGAACCCGCACAACCCCUUCGCGUCGGCCGCCCCGCCGCCCACCAACCCCUUCAGCGCCGGCUUCACGCAGGAGGCGGUGCAGCCGACGUCCCAGCAGUACACUCAGGGCCAGUACUAG